GUGGACUUUGGCAGUAGCACCCAGGCGGCGGAGGACGGGCCUGGCGGGCUCCGAGCAGGGCUGGCUGGGGGUGCAGCAGGCUGCUGCCCCUUGCUCCAGGGAGAGCUGGAUGCCCGUUGCUUUCAAACCUGGACGAUUUCAUCCCGGUGUUUUAAGGGGAGCUUCAAGUGCAGGCAGAUGUGGAGAUGGCUUUUGCUUGCCUCUGGGCAUUUUGGAAAGGAUGUUGGGCUUCCAGAAGGCUCCCAAAAGCAAAGAGCCGCUAGAGCCAUUCGGGACUUAACCUCCCCUCCCACCCCAAAACCAGAGAGGACCCCGCUGGCAAGCUUGCCAUGAACCCCUGGCCCCCUGCCUGGCCACCCCAGCCCCGGGGGAGGCAGGCAGCCUGGGGGGCAUGGGGGGAGGCUCACCAGGGCCCCAGGUGGCAGCUUCUCCGCGCAGGACCCCCGCAUCGACCCGGCUCUUGGGAUGGGGGCCAGCUCCCCGGCCACCCCUGGGACGAGGGCCACCCCCCCUGGAGGGACACCCACAGACCAGCGUCCCAGGCUGAGCACGGUGACAGCAGCUGCCCCAGGAGGCCGUACUCCAGGCAAGGAUAUGGAGACUCCCACCGGCAGUAUCCAGCAGCCAGCUACGGGGAUGACUACACCUACCAAAGCCACCAGCGGCAGCCGGUGGCCUGGCAGGAUGACAGAGACCUGAGACAGGGAGAGCCUUACGGCAAGAGUACCAGUUACCAGGACCAGCACUACUACAGGGGUUACCACCCCAACCUGGCCACAACCCCCCCGGGGCAGGACAGGAUGCAGACCUACAAAUCCUAUGAGGAAAGCUCAGUCUCGGCUGUCAGGAAGGAGCGGGAAGGGGGAGAAGCCCUCAACAACAGUUUGGGGGAGGCUGGUGGCCAGCCCCAAGAGCAGCCCUCGGGCCAGCCCAGCCUGCUCCUGCAGUACCGGGAGUCGGGGCUCAGCUCCAGCGGCUAUGAGCUCAGCCAGUACAUCCGUGACGGUGCCGACCACUACGACCCUGUGCUUUCGGGGACCUGGAGCCUGGCACAAGCAGGAGGGCCCUUGGUGUCCAGCCCGGCUCCGGUGGCCCCCCGCAAGUUCUCACUGCCGCACACGGCGGUGUGCUUCGGUGCCGGAGGCCAGCUGGUGCUGGUGUGUCCUCAGCAUCCUGCCGAGGGGCAGCUAGCCCGUGUUGAGCUGCACAGCCUUGAGGUGAUGCUCCACGACACAGAAGAGCUGGAGGAGCUGAGGGCCUUCCCGGGACCCCUGGCCAGGGAAGAUCUGCACAAGGUGGAUGUGAUCACCUUUUGCCAGCAGAAGAUAGCCACAAGCUGUGAUCUCUCAACACAGAGAGGCAGAGAUUCAUCUCUUCUCUGGAAGCUCCUGGUCCUCCUCUGCCGGCAGAAUGGGUCCAUGGUGGGCUCAGACACCGCUGAGCUGCUGAUGCAAGACUGUAGGCACCGGGAGAAGUACAAGAGGCAAGACCCCAUGGCAAACCUCCUAGGCCUGACGGAUGAUGAGUGGAUGUCGCGUCAGUCAGGGGCGCUGGACCUCAUCACGGGGGAGGUCACUCCUGUUGUGGAGACGCAGGCACAGAUAGUGGAGAAGUUCACCAAGCUCCUCUACUAUGGCAGGAAGAAAGAUGCACUGGUCUGGGCCAUGAGAAACCAGCUGUGGGGCCAUGCCCUCUUCCUCUCCAGCAAGAUGGACCCUCGGACCUACAGCUGGGUGCUCACCGGGUUCACCAGCACGCUGGCCACCAAUGACCCCCUGCAGACCCUCUUCCAGCUCAUGUCGGGAAGGAUCCCUCAGGCAGCUCUGUGCUGUGGGGAUGCUACGUGGGGAGACUGGAGGCCUCACCUGGCCGUGAUGCUGUCCAACAAAGUUGGAGACACGGAGUUGAGCCAUCGAGCCAUUGUCACAUUGGGAGACACUUUGGCUGGCAGGGGAGCCGUGGAAGCAGCUCAUUUUUGCUACCUGAUGGCAGAUAUUCCUUUCGGUUACUUUGGGGCGAAGGCAGACCGCAUGGCUCUGCUGGGCAGCAGCCACCGGCAGGUAUUCACCCAGUUUGCCAGGACGGAGGCCAUCCAGCGGACGGAAAUCUUGGAGUACUGCCAGCGGCUACGGCAGCCCAAAUCCUUCCUGCUCCCCUUCCAGGUAUACAAGCUCCUCUAUGCCUCUCGCUUGGCCGACUACGGGCUGCCAGCCCAGGCCCUGCAGUACUGCGAGCAGAUUGCCACCGCGCUGCUGGGCCAGGGUCUGGCCAGCCACCCCCUCCUGGCUCAGAAAGUGAUGCAGCUAGCCGAGCGGCUGAAGCUCUCCGACCCUCUGCUCCUGGAGAUGCCGGAGCAGGACCAGCCCUUGGAGCCUGACUGGCUGGUAGAGCUCCGAGCCCGCUGCCGGGAGCAGGAGGUGGAAGAUGACCUCCCUCCGGAGGUGGCACCCACCCAGCCUGAGCUCUCCUGGACUGCUGCAUCGAUGGCAGAUGAAAAGCCUGGCCCCAAGCUUUCCCAGAGCAAAGGCUACCAGUAUGACUACCAGCCUGUGGCACCCCAGGGACCCAGCUCCCACGAGGAUGCGUCCCACUGGCUCCCAGCACCUGCUCAAGUCACAGCAUCACCACUGCUCAGCGCUGGGCAGGAGCUGCAGCCCCCCAUGCUCGGCCCAGGAGCAGGAGGGGUUUCUGAGGACCCCCCCCCGCAGGCAGUGCUGCCGGCAGGAGAACCUGGGGAGCCCUGGGGUGCCCCACUGUCCCCCAAGGAGGUGCAGCCAUCCCCCCCAGCAGAGCAGGAGGGGUUAACAGCGAGGACUCGGACUGUCUCUGAGAGCUCCACCGUCUCCUUGGAAGAUGACAGUCAGCCUUCCUCGGAGAGCACGGCUGAGGACACUGCUGAAGAGCUGGCACCAGCAGAGGCGGCGAAACUGGAUGAGGACAAGAGCUCUGGAUUCAGGUGGUUUGGCUGGUUUCGGUCAAAGCCCACCAGGGAAACUUCUUCCAAAGCCACAUGUGAGACUGCCCCAGACUCCCCCCCCCCACGACCACAGGACCAGAUGUCUCCAUCCCCAUCUGAUGCCCCUCUUGCAGCUGGGACAAGCCCUUCAGCUCAGUCUCCCUCCAGAACCCCUGGAGGAACGCACAGUGUUACUCCAGUGUCCGUUGGGAUGAAAGGUUCAUGGGAGAUGGAUGGUGGGGAGUCAGUGGGAGAGCAGACUGGCUGCCAUGAGUCUUCCCCACCGGUCAGGACCAUCCCGCUCUUCAACCCUGCCCAGGUCUCUCAGCUCGCCGCUGCCUCUCGACCCAACCAACCCAGGCUGCUUUCGCGCCGUUACCCCAACCCCCUGUGAACUGGGGGGGGUGGGGUGGGUACUGGAGAAAUCAACAGUGCUGACUGGAUUUAAACCAAAA